GGGAGGUAGGGAAUAGGUACCUACCCGUAUUUACCUAGCAAUUACCUACUAUCACAUAACUCAGCCAGCUCAUAACUCAGCUACAACAUCAUUGAUCAAUUAUUUAGAGGUGCAUACCUAUGUAUUGUACAUACAAACAAUUUUACUCUGAACAGGCUAUAUGCAACAAACACAAUCAACACCUGGCAACUUAUCUUUCUUUUCCCUACAUGUCUAGUAUCAUACCUACACAAUUAAUUCUUCCACUAUGGCAACUAACGAGGCGACCAUUCUGCGCAAUUACCUUCUCCUUCCAGCCCGCUUACCCACUUUCAUCUCCUUACAAGAUUUCACCUCCUUGUUCCCCAAAUCACAACAAUCAUCUCCCCAAAUUCGUGCCCUCUACCGAGAUCUCCAACAACAGCGGAAUUCUGUAGUUGAUGGCGUGUCUCAGAACAUCGAUGCACAAAUCAGGCAGGGCAAAGCUCUACGCCGAGAGGUGAUCAAGGCUCGGCGAGAAGCCGAACUUGAGGAGCAAGACGAUGAAAUUGAAAUUGAGCGAACGUUAUUCGGGCCGACCUCUAGCACACUUCAACCCAAGCAGCAUACCUUGCUCACCAUCUUACCUGAUAUGGACGGAGCUGUCGCUGAUAUAGAGCGAGAGAUAUCGGCCAUGGAAGAGGAAGAAGCCGCCCUCCUCGAGUCUAUUAAACAAGUUGUGGGCAAUAUGAGCGAUCUACGAUAUGGCCGGUUCGGGAACCCCAAGUUGAAAGACGACGUUCUCGAUGGCCUUCGGCGCAUUGAAGAUGUUUGCAGACACAAGACGUGAUCAACGAUGCGCAACCUCAUUCAUUAGACCACUAUAUGACUAUGUCACCCUGACCCAAUACUGCGAAAACGUGACCAUACAGUCCUUUUCUACCAAC